CCACUCAAUAACAAAAUGUAAUGUCUGCGCCCUUGAAACAUGAUUUUCGUCUGCUUUUUGUUUUAGCCUAGGUAUAUUCAGUUGGGCUGUGUUCGCCAUAUUAAAAUGAAUAUUUCCUGUCCAGUAGUAUGUCGAGUAAACUGGAAACUGUAUCGACUGAUCACAGGUCACUGCAUGAAAAAUGUUCUUAACAAAACAGCAGGCAUCCAAGAUGCCUCCAUUAACUCCAGUUUGUGUGCUUUGCCUGCAAGAAGACAGUGUUUGUUGUGCCAGAGUCGAUCCAUACACACAGACACUUCACUAUAUGCAGCUAAAGCUAGAAACACCAGGAAGAAACUGAUACGCCCAGUGAGAGUAAACAUAAAGCCGAUAAAGCAAGAGGUGAUAACAAUCCACCCAAGUAUGACAGUCAUAGAGCUAGCUGAGGCCAUGAACAGAGACACAGAUCAUGUGUUUGAUGUUUUGGCCUACAUAGAAGGUGGUAUUAAAUAUGACAAGGACAAUUCAGUCAUUGACAAUAUGAAGGUCAUCCAGGAGGUUGUCAAGAAGUCUGGCUUCAGAUCCAAACUCGGACAGAGAACCUCGGGUGUUAAGGUGAAGGAAAACAAAGACAUAGUUAAGCAACCACCACCUGACCCGGCUGUGUUGACCCGACGACCUCCCAUCGUAACUAUCAUGGGUCAUGUUGACCAUGGGAAAACAACUCUACUGGAUGCUCUCAGAAAGUCCAAUGUUGUUGCCCAAGAAUUUGGAGGCAUUACUCAACACAUUGGAGCUUUUAUGGUGAAACUCAAGACUGGAGAAGGAAUCACGUUUUUGGACACCCCUGGCCAUGCUGCAUUCAGUGCCAUGAGGGCGCGCGGGGCGCAGGUCACAGACAUUGUAGUUCUUGUGGUGGCCGCUGAAGAUGGGGUCAUGAACCAGACAGUUGAAUCUAUUAGUCAUGCCAAAACUGCUGAGGUUCCUGUGAUAGUUGCUAUAAACAAAAUUGAUAAACCAGAAGCAGAUAUUGAGCGGACAAAACAGAUGUUACUAGAGCAUCAGCUGAUUCUAGAGGAUUUUGGAGGUGAUGUGCAGGCGGUUCCCAUAUCAGCUUUGAAGGGAACUAAUCUACUGGAGCUAGAGGAGGCUAUUGUUACCCAGGCUGAAGUGAUGGAGUUGAAAGCUGAUGCUGUGGGUUUGGUGGAAGGCACGGUCAUUGAAUCCAGUACGGAUUCAGGCAGAGGAAAACUAGCCACUGUGGUAAUUCGGAGGGGAACUCUUAAAAAGGGCUUCUGUCUUGUUGCUGGUACAGCAUGGGGCAAGGUUCGUGGGAUGUUUGAUGACAACGGUCAUCCCAUCCAAGAAGCUCCUCCAUCCACCCCUGUAGAGAUCAUUGGCUGGAAAGAUUUGCCAUCUGCUGGAGACGAAGUGCUCCAGGUGGAAUCGGAGUCCAUAGCCCGUGAGGUGACGACAUGGCGUAAGGACCAGCAGGCCAUGAAGAAGGUAGAGGAGGACCAGGUUAUGAUUGACGAGAAGCGAGCGGAACACGACCACGUGUACCGGGAGGAGCUCAUCAAACGCCGGGCCGCGGGGAGGAAACGGCCGCCACGCACGCAGAAACAGAAGGAGAUUAUCAUCACACACGAGGGACCACAGCUCGCUCUUAUUUUAAAAGGUGACGUAGAUGGGUCAGUGGAGGCAAUCCUAGAUACACUUGAUUCGUUUCAUUCCAAGAAAUGUCGACUGGAUCUCAUUCACUAUGGAGUUGGCAACAUUACCGAAUCAGAUGUGGAACUCGCAAAGGCUUUCAAUGGAGAAAUAUUUGGUUUUAAUGUGCAGGCUUCUGAUCCUGUUUCCAAAUCAGCAGCAUCUAAACAAGUCCCCAUCCGACUACACAAAGUGAUAUACAAGUUGUUUGAUGAGUUGAAGGCCAGUCUCAGUUCCAGAUUGCCUGUACUGAAAGAGGAAGAAACAAUUGGUGAGGCCCGUGUACAGCAGGUGUUUACGAUUACUGAAGGUACCAAGAAGGUUCCCGUUGCUGGCUGCAGGUGUACCCGGGGAGUGCUCUACAAGAAGAAACAUUUUAAAGUACUCCGUGGAGAGGAAGUUGUAUAUGAUGGACCUGUGUCAUCUCUGAAACACUUUAAGAAUGAAGUGGACAGCAUAAAAACUGACGUGGAGUGUGGCAUCAGUCUGGAGGACCGGGGGAUGAAGUUUAAGGUGGGCGACAUCAUCCGAUGCUAUGACAUGCAAGAGGUUACGCAAGACAUUGACUGGGAGCCUGGCUUUUGACAGCAGCUCAGUUCUAGGCUGCUUUAUGUUAGACAUUAGUUUGAUGCAGAGAGAUUCACUAGGAUAUAAAAAAAUACAUGGAAAAA